AUGUCUGAAAGAGGUGGUCGUGGUCAUUACAACAACAGAGGUGGAGAACGAGGAGGUCGUGGAGGAGGCAGAGGAGGAGGUAGUUCUAGAGGCGGUCGUGGUGGAUAUCACAAUCAACAAGACAAGCCCAAGAAGGAAUCCAUCUUUGACCCAAGCAAAUAUAUGGAUAAGAAAGUUCGUGUUCGAUUCAAUGGUGGCAGAGAAGUUGUUGGCACUUUGAAGGGCUAUGAUCCCCUAUUGAAUUUAGUCUUGGAUGACACAAUUGAAUAUCAAAAAGAUUUGGAGACUGGAUACAUUACCGAAAAGACAAGACAAUUGGGUUUAUCAGUACUCCGUGGAACAGCCAUUAUCCUUAUUUCACCCUUUGAUGGUAUGAAGGAAAUCGAUAACCCUUUUGCUGAAUAA